AUGCACACGUUCCACCUAUCUCAUGGGGAGGCGACCGUCACACUCCAGGACAUCGCCGUUUUGUUCGGGCUGCCGAUUGAUGGGCAAGUCGUCACUGAUCGUACUACUGAACCAGUGGAGGGACCUACGGACCAACGCCCCUUGCUCCGCCGAGUGCUUCCGCCCAAGGCAACUCUGUGCGGCCGUUUUCUGCAAAACUCCGUGGAUUCGCAGACCCAAAGCACCUCACUCCAGUGCCUUCAGGAUGUCGAGAAGAGAAUCGUUAGGGUAUUGGAGCUAGCGGGAAAGGUAAUGGACGAACGAUUGAACCCUAUCGGCCUUAGAAAGGAAAUGGUCAACAGCCACUGUGGUGAGUUCAUGCAACUUAUGAAGAAGGACAUCCAAAUGAGACUGCGGGAAGAAAUCAAAAGUGCAUGCGAAUAUCGUCCAUUUGAGAAGUGUGAUUACAGUUCAAGAAUAUCUAAUGAGAUCUGCUGCCGGAAGCUGGAACAUGUCAUUGCACAGUUGGAUGGGAUGAAGCAGACCAUUGAUGAUUAUCAUGGUGUAGUUUGAAGAGGCUUCUUUUUGGCAUUUGUAAUCCAAACUUGAUGCAUUUGUUUUAAUGCAUUGACUUUGCCUCUUGUGUUCGAAGAUCUUAGUUCUGUUGUUCUACAAGCUUGAUUGUGCGAAGCCAAAUUCUUCACAUUCAUUUGAAUUUAAUGUGUUCAUUCUAAAAGACUAGAAGAGAUGUAAAAUGGGUAAAUUCGGAAUCCACUCCAAUGCCUUCAAAA